AUGGCGUCGCUAAGCAUGCACAACAUGGCAAGCAUGUUAAGCUUCGUCACCCAUGCGCCGCCCGACAUAACAAAAGUACCUCACAUUGUAGGACUUUCGACUACUCCGCUCGAGCUCGCUGGUCCUCAGAAAAUGGGGUUCUUUUUCACGGAAUUCCUGAAGUGGAAAACGGCAUUUCAUGGUCUGGGAAGUCCUGACCACCAAGCGUGGUACUCUUUGUUUGAGCCAGAAAACGCCAUGGUGACGCACAGCUACAAUUACGGCAUGGACAAAGUAAGUGAGGACAUGCGUGAAGGCAUUCUCUCUCGGGUCCGAGUCUCGUCGGAUACCGCCUUCCUACUCAAGGCCUUUGUAGAAGAGCUUCAUAAGCAGGCCGAGUCUGCAGCAGCCCAUGACGGAUGUUUGAUCGUGGUGGUCUCUGGUGAAAUGACACCCGAGCUCAACAUCUGUCUCAACCUAGAUGGAUGUAGCAGCUAUCUCAGAAAGAGCUCUUGGUUCGAUGAUCUGCCCAAUAAGUACAACAUUCCGAUCACGCUCAUGACACCCUCGUUUUUCUCGACAGGAUGGAAAAUGCAUCCUUUUCUGGGCCAAAUCAAGCCGGAACUCGCCUCACCCGAAGCGCUGGAGAUUAUGCUUGCCCAGUCCUGCGGCGGCGCAUUCACAGAAGCCAUAAUUAAGGCUCUUGUUAGCAUGAGCCAGUUCCAAGGAUCGGUCAUUGAAGCAGCCAAUGUCACUGGAAAAGAGCUCUUUGCUCCAUUCUACAAUGCCAUCCACGAUAGUCUUAUAAAUCGGACUCCAGAGGAGAGCGCUGCAAUGGCGGACGACAAUUCAACAAGCGGAUACCUGUUUUUGAAAGGCGCAUUCGGAGCCUCCAAGGAAUCUCAGCUACGCCACAUCCAGUUCCUCGCACAGCAGGAGCUUCGAUCUUACCCGGGUGAUUGGGAUCAGCCCGGUAACAGAGAGGCCCGGAGUACUCUACUGAAGCUGCUGCAGUCUCUCGACCCACCCGAAGAUCGAGUUCGUGAAACAUUUACUCUAAUUGAGUGGCGUUGCUCUAUGAACUUCGUGGCUGAUGCAGCCUUGCUUUAUCUUAACAUACCGCGACCUCAGGAAGAGAGCUGUCGCAAUUGGAACUGGGAGAUGCAGCAAUAUGACGAUACGUCCACCAAGAAUUAUGGACGACUUCGUUCCGAGCUUUUCGGUCAGCUCACGGAACUUUGGCCCAAAAACCCUCUUCCAGUAGGAAUCCAGCGGAAUAUCUUUCGCGAUAAUCUGUACUGGCGCCCCCUGCAGUACCUCUCCACGGCCAUUUGCGAAAGCCUUUUUGACCUGAGCGACUACAAAAAGGCCCUGACUGCUGGACUCGAAGCUAUGGAUAAGAUGAAGGCCUUUAUCACGAGAAUGGCGCAACUUCAGCUUCUCAUGAUCCGCAACGAAAACAGCACGGUUAUGGCUCUUGGACAAGCCUGGGCUGAAUUUGCUCUAGGCCCGGAUAUUCGCACUCCAGCCGCACCAGACAUUUGUGCAGCACUAUCUGGCCCCCCUUUGACCUUCUCUGUAGCACAGGCUACACUGGAUGGCGCGGUCUCUGAAAUCUCUGUGGCAACGGGGAGAAAGUCCGCAGCACCACCUGGACCUGUUUUAGUAGCUUCCCAGAAGUCAGCUGUUGUGAGAACAGUGGCAGCAGCAGAAAAAGUCCAGCAGAAGGAGAACAACGCUGCGGAGAUUAGCGCCAGGCUGCAGGCCAAUCCCCGGCUCCUAGAGCAAGUGAUGCAAUUUCUUGCCCAUCAAGGAGAAGAAGGUGACGGUAAGGUAGUGGUGCCUGUAAGCUGUGCCGCGAACCCAAUUGCCAGUAUCGGAGCCUCGCCAGACACCAAAGCUACAUUGCCCACCACACCGGAACUCGUUCAAGGAAGCCUCCCACCCCUGCAGCCAUUCAAGGGCUCAUCACCACAGAUGAAAGCAAUGUUUGACAAGAAGAGGAUGCUAGAUCAGAUGGAUGACAGGGCUCAGGAGGAGGACACAAAGCUCAAAGAGGCCCGAAAGGCCCAGAUGGGUGCCAAAUGGUCGGCGAAGAACUGUUGGUGA